AUGGUCUACGCCGUCAGAAUCGCCGCCCUCACUGCCCUCGCUCUCUCUGCUACUGCCCACGACUGCCAGGGCAACGCUGUAGUCUGCCAGGACGGCACCGACUCUAUCCUGCUCCGCUGCAAGAACAGCGAAUGGGAGACCGAGACGUGCGGCGCCAAACAGUACUGCAUGACCAUGGCUCCUGGCAUGGUUCACUGCAUGCUGCAGCCCGACGACUACACUCCCACUUUCUCGGCAGCUCCUUCUGCAUCAACGUCUGCUGACGCUGGCCACAGCCACCCUGCCGCUUCAACAACUGAUGUUUCGCCAACAUCUGCUGAUGCUGGCCACAGCCACCCCGCCGCUCCGACAACUGGUGUUUCGCCAACAUCUGCUGGUGCCGGCCACAGCCAUCCCGCCGCUUCGACAACUGAUGUUUCGCCAACAUCUGCUGAUGCUAGCCAUAGCCACCCCACUGCCCCGACAACUGGUACUACAGUCCAUACGGAUGGUGGCCACUCUGCUGCCCACACGACGGGUAGGUCGGCUGCCAGUUCCUCAGCGGCCACUAACACGUCUACCAGCACGAAUGGAGCACACACCAAUGCCCUCAAGAUCGCUACCAUCGCCGCUGGCCUUGCUAUUGCCAGCUUUGCUGCUCUCUUCUAG